AUGAGUUUGUCUUAUGACAACCUUUUAGAGAUAUUCUCUCGGUUACCGGCAAAAGUCAUUUACAAAUUCACAUCAACAUGUGUUUCAUUGUCAAAGCUUCCAAAAGAAGCGUAUUUUGCACUCAAUCAAGCUCAACAUGCAUUGUUAAGGGAUGAUACUUGUUUUUUCAUCCAACCAGAAAUUCCCAUUGCUGCAACUCAAUGGUGCAAUCUUCCAGUUGAAUUUCACCCCUUACCUGGAGAAGAAUCAUCAUCAGGGGUGUCUAAAAAUGCUCUAGCAUAUUUUUCUAAGAGCGUCAAGAUUUUAUGUUCGAGUAAUGGCUUGGUUCUUUGUUCUGUGGCGAGCGAGAAUGAAGUGAAAUUUUUUAUUAGUAACCCAGCAACACAAUCUUCUUCUCCUAUUCCAACUUCUGAGCACCUCCAAAAUAGUAACAACUUUUAUGAUCACAAUAUUGGUUUUGUGUGUGACUUUGAUGGUAACUUUCUGAUGUAUCAUUUUAUUGAUAAUUUGGUUGAGUGGUCUUCGUAUUUUGAUUGCAAAGUGUAUAGUUCCAAGGAAGGAGUGUGGAAAGAAAAAGAAAGAUUUUCCACUGGUAGUAGAAAUUUGAGAUUUGAAUCACCUGUGCAUUACAGAGGAGCUGUUCAUUUCAUAUCAGAUUGUUCUACUUACUUAACAAGAGACAACCCUUAUUUUAGACCAUAUAUCAUGUCAUACCGUUUUGAAGAUGGAAAAUCAAGAAUGUGGAGAGUGCCCAAAGUAGCAAGAAAAUGUUCUCAUGACAAAAGUUGUGAUAUGAGAAUUUUCAAAUGGGGCAAAGCCAUCGGAUCAUAUCAAUCCAUUUGUUUAGUGAGAUUGCAAAAGAAAGUAUUUACUAUAUGGGUUUUGAGAGAGUAUGAAUCAAGUUUGUGGAGACAAAAUUUGAAGAUAAGAGUGAGGGCAAUGAAAGGGUUGGAGAAUGAUUCUUCUAACAUACAAGUCAAAGACUUUGUUGUAUUAAAUGGAGAAUUAUUGGUGUUUGCUACACAGAACAAGGUCUACGCAUAUGGUUUGAGGGAUAGAAGAAUUCAUAAAUCUUGGGAUCACGAAUGUGACUUCAAUGUUGUGCGCAUCACUUCUUACAUGGAUACUCUCCGAACAUGUGAUAUUUGA